CGCCAUGCGGGCUGCCGCCUGCCUCCUCUCCCUGGCGCUCUGCGCCCUGCCGGCUGCCCCAGGAGGCUCCGGGCCAGCGACAGCGGGGCGGCGGGGCGAGAGCCGCUUCGCGGAGCGGGAGAGCAUCAGGCCCCUGCGGCUGGUCUCCGGCGAGGGCGGCGGCGGGGCGCGGUGGCCGGCGCUGAGCACACGGGUGCGGAGCGAGGCGGCGCGGACACAGUCUACCCACAUUGCUCGAGCCAGCUUCCAGGUUGAUGCUUUUGGAUCAUCUUUCAUCCUGGAUGUGACACUAAAUCAUGACCUGCUGUCUUCUGAGUAUCUUGAGAGGCAUAUCGAGCAAGGUGGGAAGACAGUGGAAGUUAAAGGAGGAGAACAUUGCUAUUAUCAGGGAAAAAUUCGAGGAAAUCCUGUAUCAUUUGUUGCCUUGUCAACAUGCCAUGGAUUACAUGGGAUGUUCUAUGAUGGAAAUCAUACUUACCUUAUUGAGCCAGAUGAGAACUACACGCCAGAUGAUGACUUCCAUUUCCACUCUGUUUACAAAUCCAAGUUGUUUGAGUUUCCUUCUGAUGACCUACCAUCUGAGUUCUGGCAGAUGAAUGCUACAUCACAGAAUUUUGUUGUAAGGCCAAGACACAAAAGAAGGAAAAGGCAGGUUCGUCAGAUUCCACGUAAAGUUGAAGAAGAAACAAAAUACAUUGAGUUAAUGAUUGUAAAUGAUCAUCUAAUGUGUAAAAAGCACCGCUUGUCAGUCGGCCAUACUAACAGCUAUGCUAAAUCAGUUGUGAACAUGGCAGAUUUAAUAUAUAAAGAACAACUUAACACCAGGAUAGUAUUGGUUGCCAUGGAAACCUGGGCUACUGAUAACAAGUUCACCAUAUCUGAAAAUCCCUUGGUGACCCUGCGUGAGUUUAUGAAAUAUAGGAGGGAUUUUAUCAGAGAGAAAAGUGACGCAGUUCACCUUUUUUCGGGAAGUCGAUUUCAGAGCAGUCGAAGUGGUAUAGCCCACACUGGUGGAAUCUGCUCCUUGCUUAAAGGCGGAGGUGUGAAUGAGUUUGGAAAGCCAGACUUGAUGGCAGUUACCCUGGCACAGACCUUGGCCCAAAACAUUGGCAUUUUCUCAGACAGAAGAAAAAUUAUAAGUGGUGAGUGUAAGUGUGAGGACAUGUGGUCUGGAUGCAUAAUGGGAGAUAUGGGGUACUAUCUUCCAAGCAAGUUCUCUGAGUGUGAUAUUGAAGAGUAUCAUGAAUUUUUAAACAAUGGAGGUGGCGCCUGCCUUUUCAAUAAACCAACCAAACUUCUGGAUCCUCCAGAAUGUGGCAAUGGCUUUGUGGAAGAUGGAGAAGAAUGUGACUGUGGGACAAUAGCGGAGUGUGCCAGUGAAGGAGGAGAGUGCUGCAACACUUGCACCCUGACAGCGGGCUCCCAGUGCAGCAACGGGCUUUGCUGUCGGAAGUGCCGGUUUGAACCUAAAGGAGUUUUGUGUCGAGAAGCAGUGAAUGAUUGUGAUAUUGCAGAGAACUGCACAGGAAAUUCUAGUCAGUGUUCUCCUAAUAUUCAUAAAAUGGAUGGAUAUUCAUGUGAUAACAAACAGGGUAUUUGCUUUGGAGGAAGAUGUAAAACCAGGGACCGGCAAUGUAAAUAUAUAUGGGGUGAAAAAGUGACGGCUGCUGACAGGUUCUGCUAUGAGAAGCUGAAUAUUGAAGGAACUGAAAAAGGAAACUGUGGAAGAGACAAAGAGUCUUGGAUACAGUGCAAUAAACAGGAUGUGCUUUGUGGAUACCUUCUGUGUUCCAAUAUAUCCAGUGUGCCCAGACUUGGAGAACUGGAUGGUGAAAUCACAACAUCAAUCUUGCACUUUGGAAGAGUCUACAAUUGCAGUGGUGGUCAUGUAAAGCUUGAUGAGGAGACGGACCUGGGCUACGUAGAGAACGGGACACCGUGUGGACCCAACAUGGUGUGCCUUGACCAUCGCUGCCUCCCCGCUGAAGCCUUCAACUUCAGCACCUGCCCAGGCACUACGGACAGCCAGAUUUGCUCAGGACAUGGUGUUUGUAGCAAUGAAAUAAAGUGUGUCUGUGACCGAUUCUGGGGAGGAGAUGACUGCAGUUCUCGCAUCAAAGAUUAUCUCUUUUUUGAUAAAGAUGCCAUCAAUAAAGGUGUGGUUAGCACAAAUAUAAUAAUAGGGGCUAUUGCUGGCACCAUUUUAGUGUUGGCUCUCGUUUUAGGAAUAACUGGUUGGGGUUACAAAAACUACAGAAGACAGAGACAAAUACCCCAGGGAGAUUAUGUAAAAAAGCCGGGAGAGGCCGACUCUUUUUAUAGCGACAUGCCUCCUGGAGUCAGCACAAACUCUGCAUCUAGUUCUAAGAAGAGGUCAAAUGGAUUAUCUCAUUCCUGGAGUGAAAGGAUCCCAGACACAAAACAUAUUUCAGACAUUUGUGAAAAUGGGAGGCCUAGGAGUAAUUCUUGGCAAGGUAAUAUAGGAGGAAACAGAAAGAAAGUCAGAGGCAAAAGAUUUAGGCCACGGUCUAAUUCAACUGACCGGGUAACCCAUGCAUCUGAGCCUGGGCUUUCUCUCGCCCACCAAACCCCUGCCCAAGGCAUAAGCUCAGGGGGUUCUGACCACCCCCAAACAGGGAGUCUGGAUCACAGGACACUGUCUCCUGCAAAGUCUCCAUCUUCUUCCACUGGAUCUAUUGCUUCCAGCAGAAAAUAUCCUUACCCGAUGCCACCACUUCCUGAUGAAGAGAAAAAAGCCAACAGGCAAAGUGCCAGGCUAUGGGAGACGUCCAUCUAGCUGCACUGUUUUCCUGGGGUCACAUCAGAACUGUUUACUUUGGAUUUUAUAGAAACUCAGCAUCACUGAGUCAUUGCACAUUCAUCUGCUCUUCAGACAAUUUGAAAGAUCAACAGAGAUGCCCGUGAUCGCAGUGAGAACUUCCUCUCAUCUGGAAGGGAAAAAAACUGUCUUUUUUUUUUUCUUUUUUGUUGACUAGUAUUUUACGGAUUUGAUGAACAACCAAAAUCAUAACAAUUAAUAGAGGAUAAUUAGCCCGGAUGUGACAAGGCUAUGCCGCAUGAUGACAGGUACACUUACCUAGAAUCCCAACUGCAGUCCAUUUGCCAGUCCUGAAUAAGAGAGGUGUUUCUCUGGUUUGUUGCAGUCCCGAGUCAGACCAAAAUGGAACUGGGGAUGUGCCUCCCGGAGAGCCCAGACGAUGUAAACUUGUACACUGUAUGCAUGAACCUUGUGUUCUUUACUUUCCACAUGUAAGGGAUAAACAACAUGCUGUAGUAGAGAUUAGCAUGCAGGAGUAAGAAAUAUAGGAUUUUUUUUGUGACAGGAUUUCAAGCUUUGAAAGGGAACUAUUUGACACAAAUGUCAAACAAACAAGGAUCAUAUCUCUUUUUUUUUAAUCUUACAUGUUUAUAAUCUCAAUAUACAGAUUGUAUAUAUGUAAACAUUUGAUAAUGUCAAAAAUAGCUGUUAUACGUAAGUGUAUUUUGCCAAAUGCCUAAAGAAACAGUCAUGACUAACAUCAUCACACUUCAGAUUUUCUAAUAUUACGAGCAGACAUCUUUGGAAAUACUGAAAGUACAGUACUGUAAAACUGUGUCUCUCAGAAACUGGUGUUUGACCAAAAUCUGUACUAUUUUUAAGCAUCUUAUACUGUCUUGACAAUCUCAGUUGUACAGUAGACUGCAGAAACCGGUACAGCAGCACUUUGUCCUAAAUCAUCAUAAGAGGAACCAGCCAAAAUCCAUUGUUCAGUGAGAUGACCACUGUAUCCUCUCACAGGUGUAAUCAAGAAUGAUUCAGCAAACAACAUAGUCUUUAAGUCAUGUGCAACCCAAACUUACUGGACAUUUGGGAAUACUUCUAAGUAGUCAGUUCAGGAUGUGGUGAUGUGAAGUCUUUCUGGUGAGAGUUGCUGUGUAUUUUUGAUAGAGCAUUUCAGACACUGUUUUAGAUGGCAAGGCAUAGCUUAUGAGAAGUAUAAGGAUUUCACUGCACUAGAUAAUAACAGUGCUGGGCAAGUGGCCAGUUUCAUUGCUGUCUUUUAAUUUUUUUUGUUACUGGAAUCACCUUUACCAUGCGCUUGAAUGCUAUGCUUGCUGCCCCUGAAGACCCCUUGACAUUUUUGGGGGCAUUAAACUGAGUACAAGUGAGUGUAGCCUAAAAAGAACAGAAUGGAGGGCAACAAACCCUUUACCAUGGAGAUGUUAAUCUCCUGAGUCAGUGGAUGGUUAUAUUUCUAACACCUGAGACUUCUAAAGGUUGUUGUAAAACAAAUAUCUUCCGUUUGGGAAUUUUCAGUUAGUAAAGGAACUGGACCAUAUUAAAUCAAUGUAUAAUUCUCUGGCUUUCCAAAAUUGACCGAUUCUUAGCUUUGGGUAGUACCAUUGCAGAAUAAAACACCUGACUCUGUGGUGCAGUUGAAUACCUUGCCCAACAGCAGUAUGAUCAAUUAGAUAUUAUUGUAAUGGGAACAUCUAUGGUGUUUCUGAAUCUUCUACCUCUUUCAUGUAUUUCCUUUAAUAAGUGAACCCAACACUUGCAACCUUUUAAUAUAUUUUUUUAACUUUUACGUCUCUCAGUAAAGUUAGAUAUAUAUAAGAUUCAACUAAGAAAUGUUUAAAGAUGUCAGCAAGUGUAAAGUAUGUAAGAUUUUUAGAAGCACUAUAUUUUAUGAUUAGGCUGUAUGUUGGAUUAUGACAAAAUAUUGGCUUUGGUGUUCAAAUGAUUUUCCUUCACAGCUGACAGGUUCUGGUAAGUAUUUUGGAAAAAGACAAAUGUAAGUGAGUGCAAGUGGGUGCAGACAGACCAUCUGGAAGGAACCAGUCACUUGUAAUUGUUUUAGGAAAAGGUUCUGCACUUUUUUGAAAGGUAAAUAUCCCUCAGCACUGAAGAAUAUUUUUGCAAAGAUUUACUUUGAGUAUAGAUAACUGGAUUAAAGAUAGUUGGUAGCAUGUAACUCAUGAAAUUAGGGUCUCAGCCAUAGUAACUUGAAAUCAGUAUGUCUUUUAUUGAUUUCACUGGACUUUAAGCAGGACUCUCAAGAAGUUCACCCACAUUAGGACAUUAGCCGCUGUGUUACUCUGUUCCCUGGAAGCUAGUUUUCCCUCUCAUAUUCAUAUCUUGUCUUCAGUAACUGGACUGUUCAUCAUGUGCCUUUUAUGGUAUUUGUUUGGAUACGCACUGGUGUGUUAUUUUGAAUAAUUCUGUUAGAUUUCUGUGCUUAUCUUAUGUUUACCACUGUUUACUCUUCCCUUUCCAUUUUGCCUUACCAAGGAGCAGCAAGAUUUGGCAGACAUAACUGGAUAUAACAUACUGGCUCUUUGUGAAAUGUUCAUAGCUUCUUGUUUUGCAAACAAAUGGCUCUCCUGACUGUAUUUUCAAUGUAGUAUGUACUUCCAGCUUCUCUUUUGUUUUGGUAUAAUUCAUUUGUAGCAUAUGAUGAUACAGUUAUGUGUGUAGUGUACCUUUAACAGUCACCUUCAAAUUUGGAAAUAUGUAGUGACUGGAAGUCUAGUUAUGAGCACUAAGUUUAAGUUAAAUAAAUAUUGACUUUCACUUUGGUCUAGAGUGAGAAUAUCCCAGGAUUUGGGUUUUUGCAAAAUUCUCCUGGAGAGAAUUUUCCAUCAGGUUGGUAACUUGGGAAACCUUGUCGUUGCACAAAACCUGAACUGGCAAGGCUGUGUGAGCCUCCCAAGCCAGUGGAGGUUGGAGACAGAAGUUGUUUACUUACAAUCUGUCAUUUCCUACUUCUAAAAUGUAGUGUGUUGGAAAGCUACCAGAUUAAUAACCUUGAAGAUUGCAAAUAUUUUUAUCCACUAUAGUUAGUUACACUGGCAAUAACAAUAUAAAAUUGCUGCAUAAUACCUCAUCCAGACUAAAGUAGAGUACUUGUCACUAAGAUAGCUCAGUAAUUUUGACUCAUUGAGACUCAUGCUUUUAUUGUUUUAUUUUAAUGUUAACAAAUGAACUAGUUAUUGCCAGCUACACUGCAGAUGCUUGUUGAAGUGGGGAUGUUAUCAGUUUUUCUCAAAUAGAAAUAAUUGUUCAUAUGAGCAUAGGACCUGCAGGAUGAGUUAUAGUUGGCUUUAUGUACUUCAAUGUGGGAGAAGAAUCUUGCGUAAUUUAUAAUGAAACUAGUAUGACUAACUGAUGGAGACUGGAAAAUGGAGAUCAUAUCCAAAUAAUAAUGCUGCACAAUGAUGUCACAGUCUAAUAAGUAAAAAUUUUCCUGCUCAUAUCUGUAUUUAUUGAUUCAAAAACUUCAGUAAUCUCAGGCAAUAUACCAGAAAUGGUUGUGACUGAUAAUUUAUGUAUCAUUUUGUUAUAUUUAAGUAAUUAGAUUCAAGGAGAUUGUUAAUUUUGUACAGCCUACCUUUGCUUAAGUUGUGAACUUAAGUCACUACUUGCCAGUUAUCUGAUUUGAAGUGUGACUUUACUUUGAAGAUGGCUUCUUCCAAAUGAUUUAAGAGUUCCUGGUUUAUGAGAUGUUCAAUCUGCUAAACUGAUGUGCUCAUGAAAUAAUUUUGAUUGUGCUGAUGAACAAGUGGACCUUUGAGCUAUAUCCUGAAUUAAAAUCAGAAAGAAUUUGUGUCAA